AUGGAAAAUUCCAUCUUCAGAAAUAAUUAUUUUUUCUUCUUGAUUUCUGCUUUUUCUUCUUCCCAUUCUUUUCUUCUUCUUCUUCUUCUUCUUCUUCUUCUUCUUCUUCUUCUUCUUUCUUCUUAUUUUUCUUCUACUUCUUCUUUUUCUUCUUCUUUAUUCUAUUUUCUCUUCACCUUCUUUUUCUUCCUCUUCAUUUCUUUUUUAUUUGUUAUUCUUCUGCUUCUUUGGCUUCUUCUUCUUCUCCUCCUUGUUCGCCUUCUUUUUCUUUUUCUUCUUUUCUUCUUCUUUUUCUUCUUGUUUCUUCUUUUUUAUCUUCUUCUCCUCCACUUUUCUUCUUUUUUCUUCUCUUUCUUCUUUUUCUUACUCUUUUCUUCUUCUUGUUCUUCUUCUUCAUUUCUUCCUCGUAAUUGCCUCAUAUUCUGUAUCAUUUCUGACAUCGUAAAAAAAAAUUCUUUAUUUCUUUCUCCUCAUCCGUUUUUUUUUUCCCUUUUCUCCUUUACCCGACCACCAUCCUCUCACAAUUCACCCUCCCUCUUCAUAUUCCUAUCGAGCAUCUUUCUCUGUCCCAGUUUUUCCUUGUGUCGUCUUUUAUUUUACGUUCUCUAUUGUCGUUGCAUCAUUUUCUUUCUUUGUGUCACCUUUUAUUUUACAUUCGUUUCUUUCUCGCUGUCUAAGUUGUUCUUUGUGUCGCCUUUAACCUUGCACUCUAGUUUCUCUGUCCCAUCCUUGUGUCGUCUUUUAUCUUACGUUCUCUAUUUUCCUUGUAUAAUUUUCUUUCUUUGCGUCACCUUUUAUCUUACAUUCGUUUCUUUCUUGCUUUUUUCCUUGUGUCGUCUUUUAUUUUACGUUCUCUAUUGUCGUUGCAUCAUUUCCUUUCUUUCUGUCACCUUUUAUCUUACAUUCGUUUUUUUCUCGCUGUCUCAGUUUUUCUUUGUGUCGCCUUUAACCUUGCACUCUAGUUUCACUGUCCCAGUUUUUCCUCUUGUCGUCUUUUAUUUUACGUUCUCUAAUGUCGUUGCAUCAUUUCCUUUCUUUCUGUCACCUUUUAUCUUACAUUCGUUUCUUUCUCGCUAUCCCAGUUUUUCUUUGUGUUGCCUUUUACCUUGUACUCUAGUUUCACUGUCCCGUUUUUUCUUGCAUCCUUUUUACUUUAUGUCGUCUUUUAUCUUACGUUCGUUUCUUUCUCGCUGUGUCAGUUUUUUUCUUUUUGUCGCCUUUUACAUUGCAUUCCUUUUUCUAUAUCCUAGGUUUUCUAUCUGCUGA